UUUUACAAACAUCACGGGAUUUUCUUCUAAACCGCGUUUUCUUUCACGUUACUACAGUAAGGACCGACAUGGCAGCCAACGGCCAGAGGCGCGCUGGAGCCAGAGACAAGCACAAUGGCAACGCUGCAGACUUGUCAGUAAGAGACCGGCGACAGCAGGACAAGGAGGACCGUCUGUCCCUGGUGUUGUGGAGGAGGCCGGUGACAACUCUGCACUACUUCCUUCUGGAAACCCUCAUCAAGCUAAAGGAGUGGACUUUAAAGCUUUGGCAACGGCGAGGAACAGUGUUCUUAAUUUUGGUGUUAUGCUCUCUCUUCUCGAUCGCAUAUUACACUGAAGGAACCCACCAACAUUAUGUUCAGUACCUGGAGAGGAGGUUCUUAUGGUGUGCCUACUGGGUAGGCCUUGGGAUCCUGUCCUCAGUAGGCCUUGGGACUGGCCUGCACACUUUCCUUCUUUAUCUGGGUCCUCACAUAGCAUCAGUUACACUGGCAGCAUACGAGUGUGGUACAAUAGACUUCCCAGAGCCUCCGUACCCAGACCAGAUUGUCUGCCCCCAAAGUGACAGCAUGGAGGGAAGCAUCUCCCUCUUCACAAUCAUGUCAAAAGUUCGCCUGGAGGCCUGUAUGUGGGGUGCUGGCACUGCGAUUGGAGAGCUACCUCCAUAUUUCAUGGCCAGAGCAGCCCGUCAGUCAGGAGCUGAUCCUGACGACGAAGAUUAUGAGGAAUUUGAAGAGAUGCUUGAGCAGGCGGAAGGUGCUCAGGACUUUGUCACGAGAGCAAAACUGGGCGUCCAGCAUAUGGUGCAGAAAGUGGGGUUCUUCGGGAUCUUGGCUUGUGCCUCUAUUCCCAAUCCUCUGUUCGAUUUAGCUGGAAUAACUUGUGGCCAUUUCCUGGUUCCCUUCUGGACCUUCUUUGGAGCAACUUUAAUUGGGAAGGCCAUCAUCAAGAUGCACAUACAGAAACUUUUUGUUAUCAUUACCUUCAGCAAGCACAUAGUGGAGCAAAUGGUGUCACUCAUUGGGUCUGUGCCCAAAUUAGGACCAUCACUCCAGAAGCCCUUCAGUCAGUACCUGGAGGCACAGAGGAACAAGCUCCACCAUGCUGGGGACAGUGGGCCAGCGCAAGAGAACUGGCUGUCGUGGGUGUUUGAGAAGGUGGUGCUGGUCAUGGUUUGCUACUUUGUCAUCUCAAUCGUCAACUCCAUGGCUCAGAGCUACGCCAAGCGGCUGCAGCAGCUGAGGCACUCGGAAGAGAAAACCAAGUGAUGGUGAAACAGUGGUACACACAUCCAAAUGACUGUUUCUGCUGCUGCUGAGAACCAGCCACUCAGCCACAGCCACUCAGAUUAACAAAUAACCUCACCCUCAUCCAUUCUCGAACGCUCAGAAAAAAAAAGAAGAAAGAAACUGGCAUUGUUGCCAGUGUGUAUAAGUGUGUGUGUGGGUGCUCUGUUGAGGAUGUAUGUUAUUCACUUGUCUCCCCUUUAGGUUUUGUAGUUCUCAUCUCCCUUUGUGUGAGUAGUGCGACUGGUUAUACUGCUGAUCUUAAUAUGUUAAUUUAACAUUAAAUGCAUCCAUCCAUCAGCCUCAGAAGACAAGCAACGGUGUGAUGGUACAUGCUGUGUUUAGGACAGUGGCCGUCAGAUGUUAUGCCUUAUGCAAGAUGGGAACGUAUGAUUUCCCUUGAAUAUAGCUCGACUUACUGACUAGAUUUUUAUUUAAUUUUUUUUUAACAAAUUAUGGAUAGAAAUUGAUCUGAUUGUACAAUGUAUUGUCAAGAUAAUUACUAAGCUUUUUUUUUCAGGAUUUAAUUGUCAUGUCUGUCUUUUUAAACAGUAAGCCCAGUUUAUUGUCCUUUUGUUUCUUGAGCUGUUGGUUUAAAUGGUUGGGGGGGGCGCAAUAUUGGCUUAAAAUACUAAGAGAUUAAUGGUUUGCACAUGAUGUAAAUAUGUUUUUGACAGUAUGCUCAGUCAAGGACAUGAACCAAACCACAAAAAGAAAAGGUGACAUUUGUAAAGUGACAUUGUACUUUCAGCAAAUGAUGCAAUUUCUAUUCUGUACAUUUAGGUCACACCUUGGAUCAGAUCACAUAUAAAACAUGGAAAUUGGA